AUGGAGGAAGGAGUUUCCCGCAUCCGCCGGCGGGUGUCUGUCCGCAAAAGGAACCGCCUGAGCUUCGGCCGCAGCCCUGUCAGCCCCGCCGCGGCGGAUCCCGAGGAGGAGGAGGAAAAAGAAGAUGAAGAAGAAGAAGGAGACAUGGGGGCCGGGAGCCCCCGGCGGAAGCUGCUGGGCGCGCGCUCGGGCGUCGGCCGUGUCAGCCCCGCCGCGGCGGAGCUCAAGCCGGCCGCUGAGGAAGAGGAGGAAGGAGAAGACAUGGGGACUGGGAGCCGCCGGCGGACGCCCCUGGGCGCGCAGUGGGCCGAGUAUAAUAACAGUGAAGAGGACAUGUUUGGUGACUAUGAUAGCUUUGCUGAAAACUCUAUAUUAGCUCAAGUUGAUGAUCUGGAGCAAAAACAUACGCACAUUCCUGAGCAUAGGACACACAGUCCAGACCUCACCACUGAAGAGCUUCUCUCAAAAGACAUCAAGCCCUGCAAACUCAGCAUUCCCAAUGGAGGCAAUGUGACGGGAUUAAUAGUGGAUGAUGCACGCAUAGAGAACCACAGCGGGCUCCAGGAGGGCUCAGAGGAACCUGAAGUUGAUGUUCUGUUUGAUAUACCUUCUUCUCAGGUUUUGUAUUUUGAAAACUUGGAGAACUCUCCAGAUACUUGGGACAAUCCAACUGCUGCUGAAAAGAGGACCCAGAACCUGUCCUGCCAGCCGGCUGCCAGGAAGAAGUCUCCACAAGUUAAUGUCUCUUCUUCCCAUGUGCAACCCACUUCUGAUGUGAACAGGAGAAAAAGUCUCAAAGAUCAUCUCAAAAGUGCCAUGACUGACAAUGCCAGGGCCCAAACACCAAUAUUUUCUAGGACUAAGCAGCUCAAAGAGACUCUAUUAAACGAGGAAAUUAAUGUUGCUAAGAAAACAAUUGAGUCAUCAUCAAAUGACCUUGGUCCUUUCUAUUCGUUACCCAGUAAAGUCAGAGACCUUUAUGUUCAAUUCAAGGGAAUUGAAAAACUAUAUGAAUGGCAGCAUACAUGCUUAACUUUGAGUUCUGUUCAAGAAAGAAAAAAUUUAAUAUAUUCCUUACCAACAAGCGGCGGAAAAACCCUCGUGGCUGAGAUAUUAAUGCUCCAGGAACUACUGUGUCAUCGGAAAGAUGUUUUAAUGAUUCUCCCAUAUGUUGCAAUUGUCCAAGAGAAGAUUUCAGGUUUGUCAAGUUUUGGUAUAGAGUUGGGAUUCUUUGUUGAAGAAUAUGCUGGAAGUAAAGGAAGAUUUCCACCAGUUAAAAGAAGGGAGAAGAAAUCACUCUAUAUUGCCACUAUUGAAAAGGGCCAUAGUUUGGUGAACUCCUUGAUCGAGACUGAAAGGAUUAGCUGUCUGGGUCUGGUUGUUGUAGAUGAGUUGCACAUGAUUGGCGAAGGAAGUCGUGGGGCCAUACUUGAAAUGACCCUGGCAAAAAUUCUCUAUACUAGCAAGACAACUCAGAUUAUUGGUAUGAGUGCAACGUUGAACAAUGUUGAAGACCUACAACAGUUCCUUCAAGCAGAAUAUUAUACCAGUCAGUUUAGACCAGUUGAAUUAAAAGAGUACCUGAAGAUAAACGAUACAAUAUACAAGGUUGACAGCAGGGCUGAGACGGGCAUGACUUUCUCGCGUCUUCUUGAUCACAAGUAUUCUGACACCCUGAAAAAGAUGGACCCUGAUCACUUGGUAGCAUUGGUGACCGAAGUCAUUCCCAACUAUUCCUGCUUAGUUUUUUGUCCCACAAAGAAGAACUGUGAGAAUGUAGCAGAAAUGAUAUGCAAAUUUUUAAGCAAAGACUAUCUGAAACAUAAGGAGAAAGAAAAAUCUGAAGUGAUGAAGAACUUGAAGAUCAUCAGCAGUGGCCACCUGUGUCCCGUUUUGAAGCGCACCAUCCCGUUUGGCAUUGCGUACCACCACAGCGGGUUAACGAGUGAUGAGCGGAAGCUCCUGGAGGAGGCCUAUUCUACAGGCGUUCUCUGCCUCUUCACCUGCACAUCCACACUAGCAGCCGGUGUCAACCUGCCAGCCCGAAGAGUCAUUUUAAGAGCCCCCUAUGUUGCAAGGGAAUUUUUAAAGAGGAACCAGUAUAAGCAGAUGGUUGGCAGAGCUGGCCGUGCUGGAAUAGACACUGUUGGGGAGAGCAUCCUCAUACUGCAAGAGAAAGACAGACAACAGGUAUUGGAAUUAAUAAGCCGACCAUUGGAAAACUGUUAUAGCCAUCUUGUUCAGGAAUUCACCAAAGGAAUCCAAAGUUUGUUUCUCUCUUUGGUUGGUUUGAAGAUUGCAACAAAGCUGGGUGAUAUAUAUCACUUUAUGAAUGGUACAUUUUUGGGUGUUCAGCAGAAGAUUUUAUUGAAGGAAAAAAGUCUCUGGGAAAUAACCAUUGAAUCACUUAGACUCCUAACAGAAAAAGGACUUCUGCAAAGAGACACUGUUUCGACAGAAGAACAGCCUCUCCAAAAAGACUCUCUUUAUCAGUCUGAAGAGUCUGAAUAUAAUUUCCGCAUUACAAAGUUGGGGAAAGCUUCUUUCAAGGGUACCAUCGAUUUGGCUUACUGUGACGUUCUCUACAGAGACUUGAAGAAGGGUCUCGAAGGGCUUGUGCUGGAAAGCCUUCUUCAUCUCAUCUACCUCACAACUCCCUAUGACAUGGCCUCUCAGUGUGACCCUGACUGGAUUGUAUACUUCAGUCUGUUCAACCAACUCAGCCCAGCAGAACAAAAAGUAGCUGCUAUCAUCGGCAUCUCUGAAAGUUUUAUUGGGAAGAAAGCAUCAGGCCAAGUCAUCAGGAAGAAGGUGGACAAGGACAUUGUCAACAGACUGUACCUGUCUUUUGUUCUUUACACUUUGCUGAAAGACACCAACAUUUGGAGUGUGGCUGAGAAGUUUAAUAUGCCUCGAGGAUAUAUACAGAGCCUUCUGACCGGAGCGGCCACCUUCUCAUCUUGUGUGUUACAUUUUUGUGAGGAGCUGGAGGAGUUUUGGGUUUACAGAGCCCUUUUGGUAGAACUUACCAAGAAGUUGACGUACUGUGUAAAGGCUGAGCUAAUCCCUCUCAUGGAAGUGUCUGGAGUUUUAGAGGGUCGAGCGAAGCAGCUAUACAGUGCUGGUUAUAAAAGUCUAGUGCACUUAGCUAAUGCAAAUCCUGAAGAACUAAUAAGGACAAUUGAUCAUUUGUCGAGACGCCAGGCCAAGCAAAUUGUAUCAUCAGCAAAGAUGCUGUUACAUGAGAAAGCGGAGGCUUUGCAAGAAGAGGUAGAAGAGUUACUGAGACUGCCUUCCGAUUUCCCUGGCUUGCUGGCCUCUCCCACUGAGAAGGCAUAAAACUACCUGAGCAUUUUCAAAUAUGAGUUUA